AUGGAUGCUCAACAUACAGUUGUUCAUCAAGUUGUAGUGCUCAAUGUCAUUGCUCGUGUGUACACAGGUAAGGAGUGGAGGAAAAGGCAAAUUAGAAAGAUAACAGACCAAGUUUUUAACCAAGUAAAGAAUGAAGUGAGACCUGAUAAUUUGAGUUUUGAAGAUCUGUAUAUUGCUAUUUUACUUGUCUACAAUGGCAUCAACAAGUAUAUUCCUCGUCCCCAUUUUGAUCCUCCUUCAAAAGAAAGAGUCAGACAAAUCAUUGAGCACAGUGAUAAGAACAAGGAUGGACAUAUUGAUCGUGAUGAAUUUUUCGGUUUCUUCCAGAAAAUGGCACCUGAAAUAUUCAAUGUUGUUCGUAGAAAACUUGUAGCCACUUUGGUUGUAGCACCAACAGUUGCAGCAACAACAAAAAAGGCUACUGAAAAUGUCCCAGGUGUUGGGAAACUGGUGCAAAGCUUUGCACUUUACACAGGUAAGGAAUGGAGGAAAAGGCAAAUAAGAAAGAUAACUGAUCGAGUUUUUGCAAAAGUACAGAAUCAAAUGGAGAGUGAUAAGCUGAGUUUUGAAGAUCUGUAUAUUGCUGUUUUACUUGUGUACAAUGAUAUCAACAAGUAUAUACCUGGUCCUCAUUUUGACCCUCCAUCAAAAGCCAGAGUCACAGAAGUCAAAGAGAAAUGUGAUAUCAACCUUGAUGGGGAUAUUGACCGAGAAGAGUUUUACGAUUUCAUCCUGCAAAUGACAGCUGAUACAUUCACUGUUGUAAGCCAAAAACUUAUUGUCACUUUGGUUGUAGCACCAACAGUUGCAAUGGCAACAAAAAAAGCCACUGAAGGUGUUCCAGGUGUUGGGAAACUGGUGAAGAAGAUACCCAAUUCAGUUUAUGCUUCUCUAGUGACCAUUGCAGCUGUGUGGUUCCAGAAAAGGGCUCAAAUUUCUUCACUGUAG